UAUUAGGCCACAGACAGGACUUAAACAACGUUUGGUUAUGCUAUUGGUUUCUCUGUCAACCACGAAAUAGACAGACAUUGCCAGGAUAAUUUAGUUAUCCACCUUGAAUUAACCAAAAAUCAUCAAGAUGGCUAUGUUACCGAAAAACCUUUCCAGACCAGAAGACAGUCAACCUGCACGGACUCUUUGGUUUGACCGGAAAAAAUACUUGAAUAUUAGCUUCCAGGUGCAAAACCCCAAGGAUGUUCAAAUUGAUAUUCAAGAAACGUAUGUAGUUUUAAGUUGCAAAGACGUUGAUGACAACAACAUCUACAACUACAUUGCGUUGUACGAUAAAGUAAAUAAAUAUGACUCCCAAGAGAAAGUGUUUGACCGCACCAUCACAAUCAUGCUUAGAAAGUCUAAAGAAAACGUAGCAUGGCCUCGUCUCCAGAAAGAUCCCGAUCUCAAGCCAAACUGGAUUGCUGUAGACUUUGAUAAUUGGAGAGACUGGGAAAAUGAAGAGGAUGAGGGAAUGGCUGAGUACGAGCAAUAUCUGGAUAUGAUUCAGGAUUUGGGGACCAAGAAAGUUGGGCCACCUGCAAUGGAUGAUCUUGAUGAUCUGAGUGAUUGAAAAAUUGGGAAAGGAAGUCCUUCUUGGAAUUAGACGAAGAAUGCCUCGCCUAAGCGGUGUUGGUGGAUUUUGGGAUGUUUAUUUCUUUUUAACUUUCAUGUUGAUUUGAGCAGCAUCAGUGAACAACAAAGACAUUUGCAAGAACAUGUGUACCACCAGAUUUAGCUAGUAGCUGUUUUCCCUCUGCACUCCCCAGGCAAAAAAAACUAAACAAACACCUUUUUUGAAAACACACAUGAGACAGUAAUUUCACUUGGUAGUUGUGAAGUAGCAUGUAAUCUAAUGUUGCGUGUUUAUUUGAAUGUAUGUGCCGUUGCAUUAUAAAAGUCCCUGUUUGCUCUGAAUAUAAUGCAAAUGAAUGCUGAGAACUGCUAAAUGUAUUUUCUAUUGAAUGUGUUAUUUAUUAAAUCUGCCGAAGUUUGGUUUC